AUGAAUUAAUUGCCUAAGGAGUCGAUUAUAAAGUUAUAAGAACACAUAAAUAAAGAAGUGGUAAUAUAAUUUCAAGGAGGAAGAUAAGUAAAAGGAAACUUAUUAUCAUUUGAUAAUCAACUUAAUUUAGUAUUGGAUGAAGUGAGAGAAUUACCAUCUUAAAGAAUUUUGGGAUUAGUAAUUUGUAGGGGAGCUUUAAUCAAUAGUUUUGCUAUUGAUGGAAUGGUAGAGAUUGAAAAUCCAUAUUAAAAUGAUUUAUAAUAUUAAUGA